AUGGCUCCAAUGGUGCUCCCCCGAGCGGACCCCGCCGGGCUGCACACGGUAGAGCCUUUGGCGGGCACGGUGAUGAGCGUCAUCAUCUGUCUGGUUUCCAUCAGUAUCAUCUCAGGCUUCAUUGUGGUGCUAUUAAUCUACCUCGACUCAUACCUAUUCGUCUUCGUCACCGCGGUUCUACAAUUCGCCCUCGGCGUCAACACGAACAUCCAAAUUUGCGACGGCGCCAUUCUGCUAUGCCUCGUUUGCUACAUCACGACGAAAGUGUUGAUCUACCUGUUCCUGGUUGAGAAAGCAUCUGCGAAGCACAUUAUUCGAGGCGCGACGAAGCCACGGCUCAAGUCGAAGCUUUACAUUUUCAACUCGUUUGGCAUGCUGGGCGUCUACGCAGUUAUUGCCAUUCUCAACUUUAUCUUCCGAAUUACGAGGAUAGACGACGGCCAGUGCUACAUUGGUAUGCAGAAGGUCUCGAUGAUACCUCUCAUCUCCUUUGACGCCGUCGUCAACGUUUACCUGACUAUCCUCUUCCUCAUCCCCCUCAAGAGUCUCUACUCUUUCAAAAACUUCCCCAAGACUCCUGCCAACGUCCGCUUGAGGACUGUCGCGUUGCGGACGUUCGUUGGUGCCCUGUGCACGCUUACCAGCAGCAUCGUGAACCUGACUGUAUUGAUGGCUCUUGACGGUGAGCCCGGCUGGGUUUGCCUCAUGUGCUGCAACAGCGAUAUCCUCUUCUCUGCUGUUGUCGUCCAGUGGGUUACAAACAAGGAUAACGCUGCCACGCAAGGCUCCUCAGGAGGUGCAUCGCGCAGCAACGAUGCGAACCCGUUCGUGGUCGAUGACUUCCGUGGUGGACCUGAAGGCGGCUACUCACCUCACAUCGCCCCGAGCCAGAAGCACGUCAUGGAUGACAUGGGAGAGAUCUCGCUCGACAGCGGCACCCGUUCCGAGUUCGCCAACAGCGACAAGGGUUCGAGCGAAGCGGAACGCCAACGCCACGCCUCUUCGGCGAGCACGAUACCAUCGACCGGCGCCGUGAUGGUGACGACGACUAUCAAGCGCGAAUCGAAGCCCGGGCCGGCUCUUUUCGAGGAGAUGCAAAUCGAGGACGGGUACACAGCACCGCCCAGUAAUGCAUCAUCUAGACCGAUGAGCGGCAGGGAUCAGGAAUUCGAUAACUACACCAGGGGAUCGCGGACGAAAAUCACGGCCGGCAAGCGUUGA